CAGCUUCUGAGCUCUGCCUGCCGGACCCGGCCGGGCGGGCGGAGCCAGGCAUCCAGGCUGCUGGAGGGAUCGCAGCCCGAUCCGGGGCCGGGGCUGGGGCCAGAGCGGGGCCCGACAGAGGCCAGCUCGGCCCCCCAGGCCCGAGCCAUGUCGGCCCCUCGCGGUGGCUUCUACAGACAGGAGCUUAACAAGACGCUGUGGGAGGUCCCCGAGCGCUUCCAGAGCCUAAGCCCCGUGGGCUCGGGGGCCUACGGCUCCGUCUGCUCUGCAUAUGACACCCGCACUCGGCAAAAAGUGGCCGUGAAGAAGCUGUCCCGGCCCUUCCAGUCCUUGGUCCACGCCAGGAGGACGUACCGGGAGCUGCGACUGCUCAAACAUAUGAAACAUGAAAACGUCAUUGGCCUGCUAGAUGUCUUCACACCGGCUACUUCCAUAGAAAACUUCAAUGAAGUGUACCUCGUGACCACCCUGAUGGGGGCCGACCUGAACAACAUCGUCAGAUGCCAGAAGCUAACGGAUGAACACAUACAGUUCCUCGCAUAUCAACUGCUGCGGGGGCUGAAGUACAUCCACUCGGCCGGAAUCAUCCACAGAGACCUGAAGCCCAGUAACCUGGCUGUGAACGAGGACUGCGAGCUGAGGAUCUUGGACUUCGGGCUGGCCCGCCAGACAGAUGAUGAAAUGACGGGCUAUGUGGCCACGCGCUGGUAUCGCGCCCCUGAGAUCAUGCUCAACUGGAUGCAUUAUAACCAGACAGUGGACAUAUGGUCCGUGGGUUGCAUCAUGGCAGAGCUCUUGAAGGGGAAGGCCCUAUUCCCUGGAAAUGACUACAUUGACCAGCUCAAACGGAUCAUGGAGGUGGUUGGGACGCCCAGCUCUGAGCUGCUGAAGAAGAUCUCAUCGGAACAUGCCCGAAAAUACAUCGAGUCCCUGCCCCACAUGCCCCAGAAGGACCUGAGAAGCAUCUUCCGAGGAGCCAACCCCCUUGCUGUCGACCUGCUGGAGAAGAUGCUGGUCCUGGACAGUGACCGGCGGGUCAGUGCCACGGAGGCCCUGGCACACCCCUACUUUGCCCAGUACCACGAUCCUGAGGACGAGCCCGAGGCUGAGCCCUAUGAUGAGAGCAUUGAAAACAAAGAGAGGACCAUUGAGGAGUGGAAGGAGCUCACCUAUGAAGAGGUCAUCAGCUUCAAGGCCCCUGAGCUGCCAAUGGACAGCCUGGAGAUUGAGCCAUGAGGAGGCUGGGGGCCACAGGCACCACCUUGUCUGGGCUCGACCCUGAUGCCUGGCUUCACCCAUCAGUGUUGUCCUCCCCAUCCCAGAGGGCACAGAGCAGACUCUCAGGAAGCAGGCAGCAGGCCCUGCAGCCAGAGGCGACCUCAUUCACUGAGGUCGGGGGUGGGGGGCUCUUUCCGUGGACCAGAGGACAGUGUCUGGAUAAACGAGGAUAAAGGAUGCUUAGAGGCUUUUAUGCCUACUACCUCCAAA